AUGAGCUCUGUAAUAUUUAUUGGAUCUCCACAUAAAAGUAAAAGGCAAGAAGUAUGCCUAAAACAAUUAUUUUUAGUCUCUCCUUAUGAGAUAUUGAUUAGAAUAAUUAGGUCUUUUGUUCCUCCAUAUAAUAACAAAUACCAAAAAGUGCAUGUAGAUCUGUUAGGCCCAUUAUUAGGUUUUGUCAUCUUGACAGCAUUUGUAACUUAUGGAAAUUCAUUGAAAUUACUUAGAGUGAAUAUAACACCAGUAGAAUUUUUAUGUAUAUAUUCAUUCUUCAUGCCAAUUAUCUGUUAUUUACUAACACGCUUAGCUCAGUCUAGCAUAACCUUAUAUGAAACUGUAUCAUUAAUAGGAUAUGCCUAUUAUGGGCAUGUUGUCACACUAGUAUUCUCAUUUAUAUGCUUUCAAGAGGAAAACAAUUUUUUCUUCUUUGUAUGUCUUAUUAUAUUUGGUGGAUUAAGUACAUUGAGAUUAACAAUGGUUAUUUUGGGAACUAUACCAAUUCCAGCAGCUAGGCUGUUGGUAUGCACGACAAUCUCCAUAUUCAAUAUUUUAUGUUUGGUGUUCCUACACUUUGCCUUCAUGCAUAAAACAUUUGUCUAUAGCAACUCAGAUUUAUAGAAAACGUAGGUAAGGUUGGGUGGUGCUUUAUUUAUAUAGGUAUAGAUUAUUUGCCAAAGAAGAUCCAGUAUUGUAUCCAUAGCCUUGCUUUCCUAUAUACUGUACUUUUUUAAAAUUAUCUACUACACUUAUGCCCAAUCUUACCAUUUCUCACACGAUUCAAGUUAUAUGUAUACAGAAAAAAAGCAAUUAUAUACAGUUAUAAAGAUUUUAUUGAAACAAACUAGUUUUUACAACCGCAACAAAAGCCUGAAAAAAAUGUAAUACUGACACCUUUGAUAAAACAAUGUAACACCUGUGGUUUUCAUGCUGAUCAUCCUCCAUUUUUACUAAAUAUAAAUAGUAGCUCAACCAUAUGCGGUUUCAUUUAGCAGCCAGAAAAACAUGAGGAUUACUUUGAUAAAAUGAAUGAACAAUAUGAUUUGUACUCUUUAAUUAUAAAACCUUACUGGCAUUCAAUAGAUAUAAAUUCAGUUGUGCUUUCAAAAGAGAACUCAGGUGGUUACUAUUGAGAAAUCUGUUCAAGGUUUCUAGAUCCAAAUGAACACUUGAUAAAACAAAAUCAACAUUUCAGUAUGUACCGAAACCAUUUUUAUAUACUGAAGUUUUAUUUUUAAUGUAUGAAAAUCUCUGGUACUCAAUAUAAAUGUGUUUAUGAAACAGUUUAGACCUUUUUUACAAUAUACUUACUUUGGUGUGAUGAUCAAGCUACAUACCCUCAAAACUAAAUGUUUUUUGUUUCAGAACACAAAGAUUUCUCCUGUACAAUCUCUACAGUUUUACUUAAAAGUCAGUAGCUCAGAAGAAUAAAUUAUAUUGUACUCAAUAGAAACACCAAUCUUUUUUCCCUGACUGCCUGGACAUGAUUUUUAUUUGUGCAAAAUUAAAUAUAAAAUUCAAAGUUUAAAAUUUAUCUACAAUACGUAAAUUAACAAAUUAUGGUUAUAUUAAAGUAGGAUACCUCUGACCCAAUUGCUUCAACCUAAAUACACUUGAGGCUUUUAACAGUCACAAAAAUACCACUUACAUAAACGUUAACGUUCGCCUUGUUUGACAUUCAGGUCAGCGAAUUAUAUGAGGUAAAUGUCAAAUGAGAUCAACAUUAACAUUUAUGAAUGCACUGUAAGUUAACAGGUCUUUAUUGCAUGGUGGAAUCUAGACUUUACAAAUUUGUCUAAUACCCCUUUUACAUUGACUUCAAAUCGACGGAUCUCACAUGAAUUGAGUUCAUGACCAAACCUCAAAAAUGUAAAACAGGAAUUUGACGUUAAAUAAAUCCAUAAAGUACUUAGUAGAUUUCUUCACGAACUUGUUCUAAUUUUUGCCAAGUUGGACGUCAAAUUUCAUGGUGCCAACCUUGUUUUUCUUUCCAUUAUACUGAACAACUUUUCAAUUCAAGUAUAAAGCUUUGAUAGAACUGUUUACGAGAUUCGUCUCAAAAUGAAAACCACAAAAGACAUAAAAUAAAAGCUCAAAAUGUUUCUACCAAGAAUUUGUUAUGAGGUUGGCAGCACUGAGUACUGACAAUACAUUAUGUAAACUGCAAAACAUGAUCAGGAUGACCUUGAAGAAAUCUAUCUGAAUAAAUUCUUGAGGAAAUUGACACCAAGACCAAGAAGUAUGGCAAUGCCAUGUUUUUGUUAUUUGUGAUGACCGAGCUUCCUGCAGGAAAAUUAAUAUAAUCACGAAACAGACAAUCAACAUUGUUUAGAUGCAAUCUUUACCUACUCUGGACGACAAUGUCUAUUUUGUGUUAUAUAAUCCACUCAAUAUGAAUGGGCGAGAUCUGCAUUCGUUAAGAUGAAUUAUUUGUGAAGAAAUCUACUGAACUUUAGCUGUGUUCCUGUUUGAAACAGAGAAAGGAGUUAUAUUGGUUACAUCUGGUAAUGGAUUGACCAUGGUGCCCUGGCUAUUACUUUUCCUUUUUCCGCCCCUUCGUCCUCGUCCCCUCUUUGUUCCUUGCUUUUGUGUCAUGUUUUCCGCUUUCUCGGUAGUUGAGUCGUUCAUUUCAGAGAUAUUUUGCAAGUUUUCAGGAUUCUAUAAAUAGAAUAUUGUUGUAUAACGCAUAAACAGACAUUUGAAAAAAUACAAACGCAAAUAAUGAUCAAAGUUCAAAAAGGCUUGCAGUUGUAUAACGGAUAAAAACGAAUGUUCACAUGCGUGCGUUUUCCUUCUCAAGUUCCCUGGUUUUUGUUAAUCAAUCGGCGGAUAAUGCGCAUAUUUAAAAAAGCAUAAUAGGAUUCCGUACCAAGACCUCGCAGCAUAUCGUUCGACAGACAAGGUUGUGGAAUUAAUGAAUCGUGAAAUUAAAGGCAUUCCGGCCACGAUAAGGAGCCAGUGCAUAGGCCGCUUAAACGGGCCCUUAUGCACCUCUACAUUCCUUAGAUCUCAAGGCCUUGAGUCCGAGUUGCUUCUUGAC